CGAACGCAGCGGCUGCGCCAGCGAGAAUUCCAUAACGUGAACGCGUUUGUUUCGAUUCGAUGCCGUCAGCUCGUUGUUAGAACAGUGUGUGUGAUUGUAAAUUGUACUAAUUGGGCAUGGCGGUCUUCGCUCACCAAAAAGUACCUUCAUCGAUAUCUGUAACCAAAUUGUGGCGACAGCACACUCGCAAGUGAACAGAACUAGUGUCACAAACUCGGCGCAAGCGACACACUACCUCUAUUAGCGCAGGGUGCAUUAUGCAUAUUGUAAAUGUGUGUGUGAGUGUUCACAAAUAGUCAGUGCUAAACAGGAUCGACGCAAUGAUCUGUGUUGUAAUGCCAAUAUCAGCAGAUUAUGGAACAUAGUAAAGGUAUAAAAAACAUAAAUAAAUUAUUUAUUGGAUAUGGAUCCCAUUUUAGAAAAUGAAUCCGCUACGUCGGAUACACCCAGCAAGUAUGGGAAGAAACAUAAACACAAGAAAAAGAAGAAUCAGCUGGAACCACAAAAAGAAAGCCAGACCGUUAUUGGUGAAAAGAAGAAAUUCGUUGUAACAACAUUAUCUACAUCAGAAGAAAAGGAAGUUCCUUCCAGUAAUGUAGCUGCAAGUAAUAUUCAUACUGUACAUUUCGGUACACGUGGUGUAGAGUCACAACGACCUCAUGUAAGAUCAAUUUUUAAGGAUCGAGCAGAUAGCUCUCGUCCUUCAAGUACUGAGAGAGAAACGGUUGAUACAAAAGAGUAUGAAACCUUUCAUGGUACAUCAUCUAGUCCACGUAGUUCUAUUUUUGAUAUAUUUCGUUUAAGAAGAAAGAGUGAUGCUAAGAAGCAACAAAUUAAACCACCUAAACCUAAUGAAGUGCAAGAAUCGUCCAAAGAAGAACCAGCGGUGUCAGAUUCCAAAAAAGAUGAUUCUCAUAAAAAAUAUUACCAUACGGUAACUGGAGCAUCUUCUAGAAAGUACAGUCCAAUCACUCGAGUUAUGGAUAUAUUUAAAGGCAAACCUCAUGCAAACCCUACUACUACGGAACCAGUGAAAAAGAAAAUACCAAAAUCCGGUCGUCGUUCUUCAAUAGAAACCACUUCACCUACUUAUCACAAGAAUUCCUAUGCUUCAUUAGAUCCUACGCAAGCUAAGCAAUUAUUUAGAGAAGUCAGAGGUCUGCCAAAGUAUGAUCCCUAUCUAUCAAUUGUGCAGAUAUCUUUGGGCGGAAGAGAUAAAACACGGUUAUUAUUAAACUUUUUCAAAUACCAUAAAUGCUAUGAAAUUUUGCCUAAGUCUGCAAAAGUAAUUAUAUUCGAUACACAGUUUCUUGUUAGGAAAACAUUUCCUACAUUGAUAUCACAUGGUAUCCGUUCUGCACCACUUUGGGAUGAAAAUAAAAAAUUACUAGUUGGAAUGAUUACUGUAACUGAUUUCAUAAGAAUCUUAUUACAUCUCGAGGCAGAAAAUAUAUCUGUGGAGGAAUUGGAAAAACAUACACUUCAUAAUUGGAGGAAAAUUUUAAGACCGACAAGAAAACCUUUGUGCAGUGCAGGUCCAGAUCAAUCAUUGCAUGAAGCUAUUAAUUUAUUACACAAGAAUCGUGUUCAUCGACUUUUGAUGAUAGAUCCUCAGUCGGGAGAUGUUUUAUACAUAUUAUCACAUAAAAGAAUACUGAGGUUUCUGUUUGUGUAUCUAAAUGAAUUUCCCGAGCUAACGUUUUUCCAUAAAACAAUAGCGGAUUUAAAAAUCGGGACUUACGAUGAUAUUGUUUCUGUAACAGAGAAUACGACCAUCAAAACAGCUUUUCAGCUGCUGUUGGAAAAAGAUAUAUCUGCUCUACCAAUUUUGGAUGAGAAUGGUAUACUUAUUGAUGUGUACGCAAAAUAUGAAGUUUUAAAUCUAGUAAGUGAAAAAUUAUAUUCAAAUUUGUCACUGACCAUAGGGGAAAUAAGGAAUAAAAAGAAAGACUGGGAAGAGAAAAUACAAAAAUGUCGUUCAAGCAUUACGUUAUAUGAGGCCUUAGAAGUUAUAGUUAGAACUGAGAGUCAUCGAUUAUUGUUAGUUAAUAAGGAAGAUAAAUUAAUGGGGAUUGUUUCACUAUCAGAUAUUUUAGUAUAUUUGAAUAGAGUAAUUCCUACAGAGAAAAAAGUAUCGUCACUUCAAGAAAUAUUUAGACCAUUAGAAGAAAACAAAGUAGCAGAGUCACCGAGGGAGACAGAGAAUGAAGUUAUAUCAAUUGAAGUUCCAAGUUUAAACACAGUAAACGAAAACAGUGUUCCUGAGGCUAUAGAAAGUACCACAAAUAAUGAAAAUGAUGAAACUUGUGUGUCGAAUAAUGAUGGUGUUGCUGAUGCAACACCAUCUGAUGAUAACGACGCAAAUGUUAAUUGUGAUGUUACUUCUAGUGAUGAGCCCGCCAUAGUUCAAACUAUAAAUGAAGACGAAGGUAAUCCCGUCGAAGCUGUGAAUAAGUAGAUCAAUUUUAUUCCAAAGAAAUUGUGAUAGGUGAAAUUGCCGAAUCAGUAUAUUUAAUCUCAAAGUAUGCUUUUGCUUGUAUAAUAUUGUUAUUAUAACUUUGUAAUCAUAAAUAGAUGCAUCAAAUACCACGUGAUUGCCUUAUCAUUAUUUAAUUCAUUAUAAACAUUGCUGAAACUCAAUAAAAUAUUUUAGCAGUACAA